GUCAUGGGUGGUCGUGACGCCACGGCCGAAACUUUUUGGUACAAAGCCCUCCAUGUUUUCGAGUGAAAUCACACGAGAGCUUCACACCCACCGCGCAGGGCUGCUAUAUAUGAGGAAGGACGACAUGUAGAAGCCCUCAAUGGGGUUUGUGAGUGAAGCCGUGCGGCAGAAGUUUGAGGCAGCGCUGACUGAGGCAGAUGUGGACGCUGAGGCUGCAUGUAGAAUAAAGGCUACUCCCGACGACAGUGAUCAACUUUAACGCCGCCGCCAGUGCCACCAAUGCUGGCGCUUUGGCUGGUUUCUCGAGGCGUCGAGCUGAGCCUGCUUUACUAAUGGGAACGUAUGUCUUCUCACCUCCGGGACGGAGCCCGAAUUUAACCUCGUUAACCCUCUUUGGAGAGUCUGCGUUUGGGACGGAGCCGAGAAGCCUGCUCGCAUGAGCUCCGGCCAGGAGAGGCACGAUGAGAAAGCCCAGAGUCGGUCGGAUGUUUCUGGCCACAUGCGUUUUUUCCUUCUUCAUCCUGAUUCUGUAUUUCCAGAACAACCCGAGAUCCGCUACAGAGCAGAUUUUGGGAAGGACCAACUUGCCAGAAAAGUCUAGAAGAAGCCCCCUGCAGACGCUCUACGACAGUGAUCAGUUGGAUCAGUCUGCGGUGGCAUCGGUGCUGCAGGGUCGGCGGGAGCUUCUGGAGCAGGCGUGUCGUUCACACACCCGGAAACGCCGCCUGCUGACCCCUGAGGACCUGCGGCACCUCAUAGUGGACGACAAGCACAACCUGCUCUACUGCUACGUGCCCAAGGUGGCCUGCACCAACUGGAAGCGGGUGAUGAUGGUGCUGACGGGCGACGGACGGUACCGCGAGCCGCUGGCCAUCCCGGCUAACGAGGCGCACGUGCCAGGCCGCCUGCGCUCGCUCUCCGAGUACACCAAGGCUGAGAUCAACCUACGUCUGCGCACCUACCUCAAAUUUGUCUUCGUCCGGGAACCCUUCGAGAGGUUGGUGUCCGCAUACCGGAACAAAUUCACCCGCAACUACAAUGUAGCCUUCCAUAAGCGCUACGGGACAAAGAUAAUCCGGAGGCACCGGGUCAACCCCCAGCCAGAGGCGCAGGAGAAAGGCAAUGACGUUACAUUUGAGGAGUUUGUGUACUACCUGGUGGACCCACGGACUCAAAAGGAGGAGCCAUUUAAUGAGCACUGGGAGAGGGUUCACUCACUGUGUCAUCCCUGCCUAAUCCACUAUGACGUGGUGGGAAAGUAUGAAACUCUAGAGCAGGACUCCCAGUACCUGCUUAAACUGGCCGGCGCUGACCAGGAGGUGCAGUUUCCAGUCUUCUCCAAAAGCACAAGGACCACUGGAGACAUGGCGGCCAAAUUUUUCGACAACAUCAGCCCCUUCUAUCAGAAGAAACUCUUCAACCUUUACAGAAUGGAUUUCCUGCUUUUUAACUACUCCACACCAGCCUACUUGAAGUUGAAAUGAGAUGGAUUUUGAGUUUGCAGCCAUGUGCUGAUGUGUGCAGAAAAAGUGUUGCAUUUAAUCGACUUGAUCCAUCAUUUUUACAUGAAUGAAAUAUAAAACAACACAAAGUAAGGAUAAAAUUGUGUUGAGAUAUUCCACUCAUGUAAAAAUGAUUUAUUUGAACCUAGCAGUCCCAAUGCAUCUCUUAUUUCACUGCGAGUGGGUCGUUUCCAGACUGUGUGCUCAUAUGCACAUCACAUUGAGCAUGUGCUGGUGUUUAAAUUCCACUCGUGUGCGUUCCUGAGUGGAUUGUGCUGCUGGACAGGGGCUCGGAGGGGACGGGCCCUGAAUAAGCCAUGGUUCUCCCUGAGGGUGAAAAUGCAUAGCCGAGAACAGAUUACUAAUGGCAAGGUGCUGCAUCCACCCAAGCCUUUCCCACAGUACCUCUGGCCGUGUUAGGUACUGACUGAACGCCCAACUAUGUGCCUUUGACUCUGAAAGUUGACUAAUUGAAGCGGGAUUCUUCAUUAGCUCACGAAUGCAGAGCUUUUCCCCCUCACUUUUUAAUGUCCAGUCCCAUGUUUUAUAUUUAAGGUUUUGCUGAAAUAUUUAUUGUAAACAUUGUAAAUUGCUCCUGAACUGAAGUCAGCAGAGAUUUUACUCAAGGCUGUGAAUCCAUUCUUUAAAAAAAUCUUGACUAACAACAGUUCACCUUCUAAAUCUUUUUGCGUCUCCUUCCAGAAGCUGAGUAGAACACUGAAAAAAGUGAUGAAAUGAAUUUAUUUGAUACAAAUGAAUAUUUCAUUCAAUCAAAAACAAACCAAAACAGUUAUUGCUAAAGGGUAACUUGAACUUAAAGGGGCAUUCCAGCCAAAAAAUACAAUUCAGUGUUAUUUGCUGUUAUGAAAUAUUCUGUCAUCAGUUUUGUUUUCUUGUUUUCUUUCACUACAGUAUCAGGCAUGCAUUACACAAAUACAUCAUAAAACCAUUUGGAAUUCCUACAAUAGAGUUGGGCACUAUCCACUUGUUUCAUACUGUUAAAUCAUCUCCAAAUGUUACCUCCAAAUAUUUAAAAAAAAUGUAUUUUAGUUUGCUUUCAUGGGGACGAGAGCCAGAUUUUCAAGCCAUCAUUCAAUAAAUGUCAACCCAUCUAACAACUACUAAAUGUUAAACUGUGCUGCAAACUGAGACAGAUCUGGUUAGCAUUAGCUUAGCUAGCAUGACAACAGCUCUGCUCACCACAGAACGUAAAAUUCCGGCUAACUAAAGCACAGAUACAAGUUUAGAUAAUAAUGAUUCAAAUCUGAGGGAGUGAUGUUGAGCAGCUGGCGCUGAAGGGACAAAAAGGCAAAAUUAAACCUGUUCUGUGGUGUUUGGAUCUGUAGCCUGAUGGGCUAACUCAACAUUAGCUUAGCAAGCAGGCUACAGACCCAAACAGGGCCACGGACCACAGUACAGGUUUAAUUCUGACUAACUGCUGCUCUGCUGAUGAUAAAAACUAAUGUUCGUGAGAGCAAAAGUCAAGUGAUUGGUGUUGGAGUGACAGAAAGCCGAAAUCAAACCUGUUCUGUGGUGGUUGGAAAUGUAGCUAAGCUAACAAUAGAUUAUUUAGCAGGCCAAGCGUAGCAUACACCACAGCACAAGUUAGCUUCCAGCUAACUGAUGCUAAAAUGGCAGCUCUUUAGAGGAUUUCUGCAAGCACGAAGUCAAGUGACUGAAAGCUGAACACGUUCUGUGGUGUGUGUAGCUCGUAGCCAUCGCUGAGCCACUAUUAUGAUUCAUUUUUUAAAGGUUUUUCCUGGUUCUCUCUUUCUAUCAGUGAGCUCUAAAUUAGAAAUGGAUGGAAUGUGUGUAUUUGGCAGUUCAGAUAUCUUUUUUAAAUACCCUGGUAUAACCAUAUGACCAUUGUACCACCUAACUCUACCCUAGGGUGCCCAACAGAUCCUGACUGCUAGCCACUGAUCUAGAAGCUAAUAAAUACAUCUAUGGAGGUUACGUAGACUAGUUGACUGAUAAAUCAAGUUGUCAGUGCUAUGGGCAGAAGCUGACUAGUUGUGGACAGUGUCUGAAAUGCAGCGGUGCUAAAAAUAAUAAAAUAAAUAAGCAGGAGGAAGAAAAUAGAAAUAUGCUUUGUGCUGAACACAAAGCCCAGACUAUUUUAUUAGUGUGGAAAUACUACACAAGAUUAAGUUUUACUAAAAGCUGCGUAAGACAGCACUGAAAUACAGUCUUGUAACUAGCAUAUCGAUGGCUACUAGCAUUUAGCUUGAUAAACAUUUGUUUCCCAUCAGACUGAUAAACCAGUGCCCAGAAGAAUGGAUAGCCGGGGCCAGUUUAAAUUCUCUGUGAAAGGUGAGACUCAGAGCUGCAGUAAUUUUAGCGUCCAGUUUACAUCAGAAAGUCUGUGGUGGGCAGAGAACCUGAGGCGGAAAUUUGAAAUACCACAAAAAACCCACAGUUUCGGGACAUUCCAGCCCCAGUUAGCAAGCUACUAACAAAAUACUGUUCACAGACAUCCAGCGUGUGACACAGAACUAACCACUCACUUAUAAGUUAAACUUUUUUCUUUGUUAAAAUAAUAAUUUAUUUUAAGUGUCCCCCACAAAGUUUCAAAAUAUCCUUUCAAGAUACGUCAUCAAAAUGUGGUUUUCUUAAUUUUUAAACCAGGAAAUCUCACUUUAGAGGCUACUGAGGCUCAGCUGUAAGACGCGAGAAGGCAUGUUUACAACAGCUGUAGCAAUUUUUAUUUUGGCCAAAGUGUCCCUUUAAAGACAAAACUGUUAAACAGAUUUUAUUCACAUGGAAAUUAACUAAACAUUUAAAUCAAAUUCAUUGCAUCACUUUUUUCAGUGCAAGUUCACAACCACAACCAUCUGUAAUAUAAUCUGCUUUCAGAUACUUUUGUUGUUGAAGUAUAAGUUCAGACUGCUUUUUCUGUGAAGUAAGCUGGCGAGCAUUGCUCAGGCAGUCCAUCAUCUCUGGAAUUAAAAACGGUAAAAGCUGGCUUUCUCACAGAGUCACCUCUUCAUUUAGCACGCAUCAGGCUGGGUAAACAGUGCAUAGCUGUGGUCAGGGUGAGCAGAGACCCUUGUCAGUGCCCUCCUUGUUAAGCUACGGCGUCCAGGCCAAGGUGCAAGCCAGCUACCGGCCACUACAGGUCAGAAAGAAACACGUUUCUUCAAAAGCUGCCUUUUUAAAAACGUAACUGAACAGAAGAAUUAGUGGGUGUAAGCAAGACAUUAUGAAGAGUUUAGUCUUGUUUUUUCUUUCAAAAAUGUGAUGCACUGAAUUUACUUCAAACUAUUUCCACAUGAAUAAAAUAUAUUACAUUAGCACAAUUAUUACCAAAAGUGAAAUGAAAAACAGAACUGUGUUGAUGUAAUAUAUAUCAUUCAUGUGCAAAUGCACACAUUUAAAUCAAGUAAAUUCAGUGCAUCACUUUUUAGUGCACAAAUCCACUGACAUCCAUUGUCAACUACUCCUAAAGACCUGCUUUAGAGGUCAAAAUGCAACCUAAUACUUAUAAUCCAGAGAGUGAGAGCACAAAGUGACGGUCGGUGCGGUCAGUCAUCUUCUUUUGACUCUAGCGAUAAAAUACUUAUCAGUUUUAUAUUUCGUGGUAUGAGUUUCAAAUUUUAAUAAUAAUGGUGUACAAUUACUGUCUUUUUGCAAAGUGGUAAUAAAUGCGGAAAUAAAUACUUCUACAGUGUCCUUGUGAAACACAUGCCAGCAUGAUGCAUGUUUACAGUAAACAGUAGUAGUGGUGGUGAUAGUUAUAUUUAUUUAAAUUGACUGAUAUUAAAAGGGAAUUCCACUGAUUUUUCUUAAUUUCUGCAUAAUUAAAUCAUUAAGAUAUAAACAAAGUCACUCACAGAUGUCUGAUGUAAAAUGCUCUAAUGUAGUGAAACUUAAGGAGUCAUUAUUGAUAGCAGUGGUGGUGAUAGGAACCAGAUGUCUGAAGAGUUUAAUGCCUCUAAAAGUUCCUACACAGAAAGUUACUACAUGAAAUAAUUAUGAAUAUGCAGGCUGAUGCCUGAAACAUCGGUUUAUGCUAGUGUAACGAUAAGAUUUUGACCUAAAAUGCAUUUUUUAAAAAGCCAUUUAAGGAGGAGGGCUACAUAGAGGGCAUUGUAAGCAAGUGUGUGUGUGUGUUUUUUUUUUAAUUACUAUUUUACCAUCGUCAAUAUUACAUAUAAA